UUACAGCCUUUUAUGGUGCAAAUCACUUUUCCUUCGCUCGCAUUCAGCUAAAAGAGGCGAUCAGAGGAGGGAGAGCGGACAGUUCGAUAACUCUGACAGGAUGUGUUGUGCUGGAAAGUGUGCCCGCGUGGUGGGCCUGAUCCUGCUGCCGUCGGCCUUCAUCUGCAUGAUCUCCAACUUGCUGCUUUUCUUCCCCAAUGGGGAGAAGCUGGAAAGUGACCAGAUCACCCUGCAGGUCUGGCUCAUGGGGGGGAUCAUCGGCGGAGGCCUCUUUAUGCUGUGCCCGAGCUUCUCAGCUAUCAGGGCCGGGGGCAAAGGUUGCUGUGGGCAAGGCUGCUGUGGCAAUCGCUGCAGGAUGCUGAACUCAGUCUUUUCUUCUGUCUUUGGUCUGCUCGGGGGGAUUUACUGCACCAGUGUGGCCACGGCUGCGAUGGCGGUGGGACCUAAGUGUGAGGUUGAUGGCAAAUGGAAAUACCCCUUUGAGGACUUGGGCACGGGUAACAGCAGCUAUCUUUGGGACCAGACCAUGUGGUCAGAAUGCCAGAGGCCUGAAAACAUAGUUCUGUGGCACAUCGUGUUGUUCUCCAUACUGCUGGGGAUGGGCUUGCUGCAGCUCGUGCUCUGCGGCAUCCAGGUGAUCAACGGCUGCAUCGGAUGCAUCUGCGGCGACUGCCGGGACGACAGCGAUAAAAAAUAAAAAAGAACAUCAUGAAGCUUUGAAAGGAUCAUCGUGUCAGAGUGAAAGUGGACUAUAAAGGUGAAGCAGAGGAGAAUCCUGCAGAGAUCGUCCAUCGCCUCUGGCAAUGUGACUCUUGGUUCAAAUGUUUUGCUGAAUAACCUAUAAUAUGUUUAUUUUCUUCUAAUUUGUUUCACUUUGCAAAAGUGUCCACCCUUUUACUCCAUUUUGUACUUUUUAUUUUGCUCAUGUGUUCUGGUGGCAGAUCAUUACUGAACCCAAUAAAAACUCCACUUGUUGAAUGAAA